UUUUGCUUUCCCAAGAAAGAGAAGAAGAUAAGCCUCCGGCCAUGGCGACAACGCCUUGUUGGGCAGCGACGGCCCUCCCGAAAUCGGGGCUGUGGGGAUCUAGGGUUUCGAUCGACGCUGCGCCGCCGAGGAAUGCAGGUAUUUCUUCGCGCCCGGGAUUGGUAGUGGAGGCCCGGAAGAGAAUCGAGGGGCGAGUGGUGUGCGCCAGCGACAAUAAGACGGUGUCGGUGGAGGUGACCCGGCUGGUGGUGGAUCCCAAGAGCAAGAAGCGGGUGCGGCGGUCCAAGAAGUAUCACGCGCACGACGAGGACAACUCGUGCAAGCUCGGGGAUUUCGUGACCCUCGCCAUGUCUCGCCCCUACAGCAAGACCAAGAGGUUUAUCGUGACGGACAUCAAGGGCAAGACCAUGGGCGGCGCCGCCACCACAGCGGCUACAGCGGUGGAACUGCCGCCAAUGCAAUCGCUAGUGGAAGGCGAGGGAGAACCACUGCAAGCGGCCGUGGCGAGUUGAUGUACCCAUGUAGAGAAAAGAUGCUUUGGUAUUGGCAAAGAAUUCCAGGGUUUUGGGUUGACUGCCUUCGAGAAGAAAUUCCAGGGUUUUGGGUUGACUGCCUUGACCUACUAGAAUGCUGCUGCUGCUGCUGUCCUCUGUCUUUACCAGGUGUUUAAUGACGAUGAGUAAGUCAACUCAUAGAAACACGAACCGGACGGGAACCUCUCCAAAAAGCCAUACGGAAAAAUCUUUAUUAUGUCCGAGAAGUUUUGUUCAGGGGUUAGAAACAAUGUCGAAUCUCGCUUUAGGUGAGGUCUCGAGUUGGGUGGCCAAUUCGCUCAAAGAGUAUCAACAUUUGUUCGA